UUCUACAACGAGUUUCGGCGGUUGUACAUGCCAUUUUUGAGCAGAAAACCAAAGGUCGCGCAUGAAGAUGCCGUAAGUUGAUGAUGAAGGCAACCGCCGCAUCGUACACCCAUGUGGCAAUGUCUAUCUUGAAGAGAUUGAGAGCACGGCAACCAGCUACGUGUGACGAGGAUGUUGGCAUUGAUGGAGAAUAUGUGCCUAUCGCAGACAAGAAGCCAGUCGGGGUUCCUCUAGCAGGGUUGGAAAAAUUGAUGGCAUCAGAAGAUCAACUCCGAUUGAUGGGAUACCCGUUCCCAGCGGAGCAGCGGACAGAGACUCCGCCUGGGAACGGAUCGAAAGGGGAGAACCUGGCGGAUCCAGAUCGGAAGAGAUGCAGCCGAUGUGGGAAGAACUUUGUACCUAAAUGGCCAUUGGAACAUCUGGAAUGGGAAGAGUGCAACUACCACUGGGGCUUCAAACGAGUUGUCGUUCAGUCAGGAGUUAAGGAAGCCAUUUGGUCGUGCUGUCAAAGCCCAGUGCACUUGCAGGGCGCCUGCACGAAAGGUCCCCAUGUCUUUGCAGAAGACGACACGGCUCAACUGGAUGCUCGGAUACCGUUUCAGACGCUUCCGGAAAACUCGCCAGAUAGUAAGAAAGUGGUUGCUCUUGACUGCGAAAUGUCGUAUACCGUCGGGGGCAUGGAGCUCACGCGCGUCACUGUGGUGGAUUAUGGUGGCGAAUCUCUCCUGGAUGAGCUCGUGCGGACAAAGUUUCCUGUUCUUGAUCUGAACACCAAGUGGUCUGGAGUGACGAGCCUCGACGAUGCGAAGUACGAUUUGGCAGGGAUUCAAGUGGAGUUGGGAAAGAUCAUGGACCGCAACACUAUUAUGAUUGGGCAUGGAUUGGAGAACGAUUUGAACGCUAUGCGAGUACGUACGUGGUCUGUAUGCAUGGUCGUGGCCUCUUCCAGACAACUUAAUGCUCUCGUGUCACAUCUCCAGCUAUACCACUCGAAGGUUAUCGACACCGCUGCCUUAUAUCCCCAUCCUGAGGGCUUGCCCAAGCGCCGUCCAUUGCGGCUGGUAACGCAGAAGGUGCUAGGUCGGUUCAUUCAGCAAGGCACGCAAGGUCACGACUCGAAGGAGGACGCAAAGGCCUGUAUUGAUAUUGUCAAGAAAUUUUUGGAAAAAGCACAUACUUGUAACACCUUCACGGAACACUCACUUGUACAUACAACAAUUAUCGCUUAGACCCCAUCAACACAGCACAUUCACCCAAGCGGGAUUGGCAGUAAAUGGCGUAUUCAUUCAUAACGUAGUUUCCUUUUCGUUUCUCGAGGCAAAUUUUGGUGGAAAUACAGAGGAGCGUAACCUGAGCCAUGGUUGCUUUCCCUACAUUGUUCCACGAGAUACAUACACGGAGAAUAACCAAGGAUCGGCGUACUAGAUCUACGUUCUUGAGGCCUCGGCCUCGCUUCGAUCUAUGCCAGAGACUCCGUACAUCUGUUAGGUGUGCAGCAUAUUUGUUGAAUCGUUGGGAUGAAUGCAUCUUUUUCUUGUUAUAAUCGAAGCCCCGGAGGA